AUGGCCGUGGUUCACCAGGAGCUUCUGCUUCCCACGUGGCUGGCCAGGGCCUACCCCACGGUUAUCAGACUUAAUAACUGUGUGGAUUGUUUCAGUUACGAGACAUAUCUGGAGACAACAGAAUGGUUGUUGGCAAGGACCAAACAUCGACCAAAGGUUGCAAUAAUCUGUGGCUCGGGAUUAGGAGCUCUUGCUGAGACACUCACCGAUCAGGAGACCUUCAAGUACACAGAUAUUCCCAACUUCCCGAAAAGCACAGCGCAAGGACAUGCUGGUCAACUAGUCUUUGGAGAACUGAAGGGGAAGACAUGCGUAUGUAUGCAGGGACGUUUCCACAUGUUCGAAGGUUACACGCUCACAAAGGUAACUUUCCCUGUCCGGGUUUUCCGACUGCUGGGGGUUAAAGUCCUGAUUGUGACUAAUGCGGCCGGAUCGAUUGCGGAUGAUUACAACACAGGAGACAUCAUGAUCAUCAAGGAUCACGUUAAUCUGCCGGGGAUGGCAGGGCAGCAUCCUCUCCGGGGACCCAAUGAUGAAAAGUUUGGUUGCCGCUUCCCCUGCAUGUCUGAUGUAUACGACAGGGCACUGGGCAAGUUGGCUCUGGAUAUAAGCACUGAGCUGGACUGCGCUAAUUUAGUGCAUCAUGGGGUAUACUGCAUGGUUGGCGGCCCCAGCUUCGAGACAAUAGCUGAAGCACGUUUUCUUCACAAGUUCGGAGUUGAUGUUGUGGGAAUGAGCACUGUUCCUGAAGUCACUGUGGCAAGACACUGCGGCCUGCGAGUGUUCGGCCUCUCGCUGAUCACCAACAAAGUGACGAAAGAGUAUAACAGCACUGAAGCAGUGGACCACAACGCUGUUCUGAGUAUCGGCAAAAUGAGGGCUGAAAUGGUGCAACGCCUGAUAAUGGAGCUUGUGGGUCGCAUGGAGGUGACAUCCAUGGGUGUGCAAGACAUCCCAGGAGAAUAAAUAUAGUAAAACUCCUAUGCUACACCAUCAGGUUUUUGAGAAAUCCUGGGUCUCACAAAGCCUGCUGAAUCACCCAGUUGCCAACCAAUUUAACUCCCCUUCUCCCACAUUGCUUAUUUCCUCUUUUUUUUCUCUUUUCCCUGAACACCUUCGCUCAGUUUUCCAGGGCCUACUCGAUCACCCAGUUGCUAAACACUAACUCCCCCUCCCUUUCCGAUACUGACCUUUCUGUCCUGUGCCUCUUCCAUUACCAGAGUGAGGCCACACACAAACUGGAGAAACCAGCAUCUCAUAUUCCGCGUGGGUAACUUACAACCAAACGGUAUGAACAUUGGCGAUCGACACAAAGUGUGGAAGUAACUCAGCGAGUCAGGCAGCAUCCCUGGAGAAAAAGGAUGGGUGAUGAUUUGAGUCGGGACCCUUCUUCAGACAUUGAAUUCUCCAAUCUAGGUAACUCGUGCCCCAUUUUAUGUGUCUGCUUCUCUCCCACUAUAAUCAGUCUGAAGAGAGUUCUGACCCGAAAUAUUGCCUAUCCAGGAACUCCAGAGAAACUGCCUGACCCACUGAGUUACAUCAGCAUUUUGUGUUCGACAUGUGAUUCCAGUAUCUGCAGUUCCUUCUGACUGGGAUCCCAGUUCCCAUUCUGGCUUCAAAUUGACCAGGAAUCAAUUUCCUGCAGUCCCCUUAAAAUUAUCAGGUUCAUUAGGAAAUUAUAAUACAAUGUGACUAGAUAUAAAAUAAUAAUUCGAGUCAUACAGUGUGGAAACAGGCCCUUUGGCCCAACUUGCCCACAUCCACCAACAUGCCCCAUCUACACUGGUCCCACCUACUACAUGGGCCCAUAUCCCUCUAAACCUGUCCUAUCCACGCACUGUUCCAAAUGUUUCUUAAAUGGUGCGAUACUACCUGUCUCAACGACAUCCUCUGGCAGCUCGUUUCAUACACACACCACCACCCUGUGUGAAAAAAUUACCCCUAUUAAAUCUUUCCCCCCGACCUUAAACCUAUGUCCUCCGAUUCUCGAUUCCCCUACUCUGGGCAAGAGACUUGUGCUUCCAUCCGAUCUAUUCCUCUCAUGAUUCCGUACACCUCUAUGAGAUCAACCCACAUCCUCCAGCACUCCAAGAACAGAGUACUAGCCUGCUCAACCUCUCUCAAUAGCUCAGGCCCUAGAGUACUGGCAACAUCAUAAAUGAUUAAAAAUUGUAAGUGAUUAGUUUGAACAACAUCCAAUAGUCCAGAAAAUCUGCACUCCACCAUCACUAAAGUCCCAAGUGUAGUGGAUUAUCUGAAUUUUACUUGCGCUGUCGUUUUUGCAAUACAAUAUAUUUACAUGUAACUGGAACGUAGUUUUAGAUUGUUUCACUCUGGUGGCUGUUUGCACAGCUCUUUAAAAGUGUAAUUGAAAUUAAAAAAAAUAUUUUAAACCAA